AUGAUAGUGCUUAACAUAGACUGUCUUCUCUCAAUUUUCAACAAACUUUUACUAACAGAUGAACGACGAACAAAUAAAAAAUCUUUACUUAUCAAUAAAAUUUUACCACAACAAAAAUCUUUACACAAAUCCCUACAUUCUUGUCUCUUAGUAAAUAAAAAAUGGUGUCAUUUAGUAGUUCCUAUCCUAUGGAAGUAUUCAUUUUAUGAAUAUGAUAAGAAAUGUAAUAAUUUUGAAACGAAAAAAAAGCUUUUUAGCGUAAUACUUUCUUGUCUCUCAUCUUCUUCGAAACAACUCCUAUUCGAUAAUGGCAUUAAAUUAUCCUCAAUGAUUCUUUUAAAACCUUUAUUAUUUAAUUAUAUCAAUUUUUGUGAGUUUCCAAGUAAUGAAAUUGUAAAUGAUAUUAUAAAAUCUGUAGAAUGUAAGCAUGAUAAAAGAAAUCUUUUGGAGCAAGAGGUUUAUAAAUUAUUUAUUAGUCAAUGUAAAAAUAUUAAAGAAUUACAUUGGUGCACUUUACAACCUUUAUUGUCAUUUCCGGGAGCAUUAACAUGUUUCUCUCAGAUACGUUCUUUAUUUAUUAAUAUUAAUUUUGUAAAUUCUAACGAUCUUUAUGAGAUGGCAAGAUUUUGUAAAAAUUUGAAUGUAUUGUAUAUUGUCAAUUAUUCACAAAAUCAUCCUGCUGGGUUGAUAUCUCUAAUUGACUCUCAAAGAAAUUUAAAAAGUAUAAUUCUUUAUUAUAAUACAAAUGUCAAGAAAAAUCAUACAGAACUUGGAAAAGCAUUACUAAGAAAGAAUAAUACACUAGAAUAUCUUGAGUUAGGAUCGAUUUGCCUUAUUCCACCUUCGUUUUUAACAUCAUUCAACAAUUUAAAAUCUAUAACAAUUUAUAAUUGUGAAAAAAGCAAGGAUGAGAUCAAAGAAUUUCAACAAUAUCUUAACAUUUCAGAAUUUCCAGGACUUGAAUCUCUUAAUAUUCAUGGAUUAUCAUGUUUUAAAGAGUUGGCAACAUUAAUUGAAAAAACUAAAGGAAAUAUUUUACAAGUAAUAAUUGAUGAUGUUAAAACUGUUGAAAAUUCAGGAAUGUUAAUCAAAUCAAUUUCUAAUAAUUGUCCAAAAAUUAAACGAUUAUUUACAUAUAUUGAACCUAAAGAUUUUAUUUAUAUAAAAUCUUUAUUGACAAAUUGUAAAAAUUUAAAUGAAAUUUACCUCAAUAGUCUGAAUACAUUUUAUGAUAAUGAUGAUAAUAUUGGGGAUGAAUUGUUAAAUAUUUUAAUCGAAUUUUCUCCAAAAUCUUUAAAUUAUAUAAAAAUUGGUGAAGGAUGGAAAUAUUCAAUUGAAACUUACAAAAGAUUUUUUGAAACGAAUUGUGAUAAAAAUUUAACUAUAUCUUAA